UUGAAGUGGGCGUUAACCCCGCAAGAUUCAACUGUCGGUGUUUUGGUGGCUGGCGUGCAGGCGAUAAGCUGCUGACCAACAAUAGAUCAAAAUAAACGAAUUUAAUCAGAGAGAAUGGAAGUAACGGAUGAAGUCGCGUCGAAACUUUCGCGAACAGAGAUGCGCAAGCAGAAACUUGCAGAAUACCUGGCGGCGAAAGGAAGGUUAAAACCGCCCAAUCCAAAGCCUUAUCUAAAGAGCAGUGCUGUUCUAACAAAGCCCCCUGGAGCUGUGCAGAAAUCUCACACUUCUGGAGAAGGAAAGGAGAACUCAGCCCCCAGUGCCACUGAUGCCAAAAAAGACAGAGCAAAAGGAAAUGCACUGGCAGAAAAGAACAAAAAUUUGAGAAUCCUCCCCAAAGCCUCUUCUGCUCUUCUUCCACGCUUACCACUCAAAUCCACUGUUUCCCAAACAGCCUCUCAGCAGGCAAGAACACACUGCAAAGAAACAGCUCGUGCAGUUAGAAAUUCAUCUGUCAAAGAACAGCAAACUAAACCAGCUCUACACACAAAUGUCACGGCUCACAAGCAAGACAAGACUGUUAAGAUGGGUCCAGCAUCUGUGUCAAGCCAAGCACAAGCUCUUCACAGGUCUUCGGUGAAUGCACGUACAAGCAUUGUCAAGACAGACCUUCAAAAACGGCGUUUGGUCACCGGUUCAGAAAAGGUAGUGCACAAAUCUCAGGUCAAAUGUCCCACAACGAAAGAACGCCUAACCAACACUGUUCCAAGCUGUACAGACACAAAAUCUUUAAUUAGUAAACAGGCCACAGUGACGCUGAAGACAACUAAGGAAACUAACAGUUUCAAUAAAACACACACUGAUCUGAAGAAACCAUUGAACAGGUAUCCACUAGCAAAGCCAGACAGAUCAGGAAAGACACAGACUGGUUCCCAAGACACACGAUUAUCAAACAAGGUAGGAAGUAAACCAGGGCUUACUCACACACAAAGAAGUGUUCCAGUCACAGCCAGGCAAAGAUCAUCUCUCAUGUCGACUUUUUCUAAAACUGAAAAUGCUUCGAAAUCAACCAGUGCGUCUGUGGCCGGUGUUACAAAAGCAGCUCCACAUCAACAGCAACGGCGUACCACAUUUAAACUUCCCUCCAAGCCCACUGUUCAAGCUCCAGUGCCCCAGACUCUUCCACGCCCAACCAAGACGUCUAGCCUGACCAGGGGGCCCGUGCAGCCGAAGACUCCCAAGUCAACGUUCAAUCCUGGGACAGAUGGUGUCAGGACUGUCCCCCUGGGUGGCAGAAAUAAACCAAACACUGCUCAAGAAGAGAGAAUGCGUAAACUUAAAGAGUGGCGAGAGGCAAAAGGCAUCACGUAUAAACGUCCGCCGAUGCCUGUACAGCCAGCGAGGAGGAAGACGGCCGCUCUUCCUCCUCAGGGAUUCUGGAGUACAAUGGAACAGGAGGAUGAGGUCCAUGGCUUUGUCUGUGCUGUUGACCAGUCUCUGAACGAUUGCAUCAAACUUCUUGAGCAGGGGUGUCCUGUAGACCAGGUGCAAAAUGUUCUGUCUCGGGUGCCAAUGGCACAGAAAUUCGCUAAAUAUUGGAUCUGCCAAGUGCGCUUGAUGGAGCAAGAGGGCAACCUUGACGUGCUUCCCACAUUUGAAGAAGCUGUUCGCGUAGUCAGAGAGCCUGUUGAUGAGCUGCGCUCUGUGGUAUUUGAGAUCCUUAAGAAGAAAGAAGCAAAAGGUUCAUCUUCAGACCGAGAGAAUGAUGUAGGCAGUGAUGAAGAUGGGGAACACAGUGUCAACGUGUGCACCCCUAAACCUGUCGGCGCACUGAUCCGCGGAGAGAAAAGAGACUCGUCUGUUAUAAAAUACAAGAUCACGGCUACUCCUGGUGGGAAAAGGAGCCAGCAGAGCCAGAGGCCAGGUUGUGUUAAUGGCCAUGAAAUCCGUUUCUUCACUCCAGUACGCCGUUCCCUACGCAUUGAGAAAACCGCCUCCCGUUACCCAGCAGUCCUGCAGGAGCACGAUCCCUGUGUGACCUCUCUUCGUGAGCUCUCGACUGAUGAUGCAGGCCAGAGUGAGAUCACAUGUACAGCAGAAGCACCACCCUCUCCGCUCUACGUGUACCGGGAGAAUGAAGCCCUGAAGGACCAUGUGCAGAUUCAACUGGUUUAUGAUGAUGCAUGAUGCAUGAUGAUGAAAACGAAAUUCCCUAAGGGAUACUGUUCUUCCAAAUUUUUUUUUUUAACCAAGCAUGUCAUCACUUUCGCUGUGUUGUGAAAGUGACACACGCUUUUCCAGUCUGAAAGAAAAAAAGCAUGAAAGAUAUGAAUCAUAACUGCUUGUUCAGACUUGCAGUGCUCAAGGCAGUAAUAAAAAAGACAUUCUUAAUGUUUAUAAAUCUUAGGAUAUGGGCUUGAACUUUGGCAACAUGAGAAGGAACCAGCAUUUGUUUUUUUUCUCAGUUAUAUGUAAAUUUGUUACACCAUAUGAAACUCUAUGCUCUCACAAUUUUAGUUCCUACUUGUUUCGUUUCUAUUCAUUGACACAGUUUAGUCUUUUCCUGGUUUUUAUUUUAAUAUUAAAAUUAAUUUUAGUAACUUGGCAGUAUUACUCUGUAGAUUGUAUGCAUUGUAUUUGGCAGUGCCAAUUGUAUUUGGCAGUGCUUAUCAGAACUCUAAAAUGAUUUAUCAGAACAUAAAAGGCGACGCAUACCAGCAGGAGAUAACAAUAGCGGGUGUUAAACGCCUACACGAGACAAACCUGAAGCAAUGUUCAUGAUCAGUCACUGGUCAUUUCCUAAUGGCUUGCGGUUCUCAAACAGAGAGAACAGGAUGUUGGAUUUUUGUGUAGGUGGCUAUAGUAGGCUACACUGGUUUACCUUUUAGUGAUGAAAUAAAUAGCAUUUCUGUGGUAA